GAGUUCGCGGUGAAUGGAAUUGUUUAUAACGUGGAAAGACUGGGGAACGGAGUCCACUUGAUUACGCUUUUGGUAAACGGCGAUGGAUUGUACAAGAUGAGUCGCUUGUAUAUUACUCCUGAUGGCUUCUUCUUCCGAGUUCACAUUCUAGUUGUGGAUACUUUAAACUGCAGCAAACCGUGUCCAGACUUUAAACUUGGCAGUAGAUACAUUGUGAUGGGUCGGAUCUACCACAAGAGACGACAGAUCCCUGCAAACCUGCUGCAGUUCCUGCGAGGGCGCCUGAGGCCAGGGGACGGCUUGCUUAGAAGCAGCAGCAGCUACGUGAAGAGAUUCAACAGGAAGAGGAAUCGCAAAGUGCAGGUGGCUCACUCUAAAUGUAGAUAAGGCUCCGGUAACCUCCGUUUAGGACACAGGCAGCAGCAGAAUUCACCCGCCAGAAUAAACCUGGCCAUGGUUUAGCAACAGCGGGAGGUAGUUCUCCUUACCUCUGAAACUGGCUGUGACAGGACACUUGCUUUUGUGCUUUAGCAAACACUACCUGAAUGUUUUGCCUGGGUACCUAUAUAUUGUGAAGCUUAGCACAGAAGUCAGUCUAGGGAACGCUAACUGGUCAGGAAUUUGCUCCAGCUGUUUUCAGAGCCACAGGUUAUUACUGCCUCCCCUGCUGUAACGUACCCAUAAUAAUCUGUAGUCAUUGUAAAGUAAAACUCUGGAGGCAUUGUUCUAGGCACGCAAGAACUAACUGCACUUUCAAACCCUUAACCCUGAACAAACGUUAGAUGAUACCACAGCUUUAUCUGUAGAGGAUGUCCAUUGUGUUUCACACAAUUCUGCCUGAAGUAUCACAUGCAUUUGAUUCAAAAGAAACCGACAAAACUUAAGUGUCACUGGUAUUGUUUUGGUAUCCUCAGACCUGUCCAUGCUACUUUUAAAGAUUACAUCAUUCUUCAAACAGAGCUGGAUUUUCACAGGAAGCAUACAAAAUAGCUGCGUAAUUAUUUGAGUAUCUGAAUACACGAACUGAAAGCAAAUCAAGCAACUGCACAACACAAAUGCCCAAUUAGGCUUACAAAUAACGGCACAAGUUUAUGCCAAGGAAUGCAAAAUAAGCAUGCAAUUGCACACACAUUUCGUACGCCUGGUUACACUGUCAGUUUCUUAAAAGUUCAGUCCUAGAACUGGGUACUGAAUGUCAUUUUCCCAUGAGAAAUAUUACCAAGUUUGUACUUGCACAUCAGUAAAUUUACUUUUUCAAUCAAAGAUACAAUCUUUUAGUACCUUUAACGUGGUGGGAUGUAAGAACCUAUGAAACCUCUGCAAAGGGGAUCUUAAUGUUGGCUAUUCCAAGAGUCAGUAUUCACAGAUCGUAAGUCUUCAACUAAUAGAAUGUUCAUGGGGUUCUCGGUUCUGAAAGAUCCAAAAAGAUCAUGUAAUGGUAUUAAACAAUGGCAUUUCCUCG